AUGCCUCCUGUUCCCAAGCCCAGUACACAAAAACCAGCCAUGGUUAGACGCAGUGCCAGUAAGUCUUACCUAGACCAACCUCAAAACUCUCAACCGCCAGCAGAUGCUGUGCGUCAGCCAAUUCAACUUCGACUAACAGAUAAGGAAUUAGAAGAAGAGCAAACCAGGAUGCUUUCGGCCAAUUGUCCCAGUGCUCCAGAUAAUAUUAUUCACUUUUCAUAUCGUGACAAGAUGUUUAAAGCUGACGGUUUAGUUUCUCAAACAGAAUUUCAUAUAUCUGUUGACGGACCGUAUCUCUUUGCUGAUGAAUCUUACGGAUAUAAUAACUACAAACAGGAAGCUAAAAAAGAGGAACUGCAAAGAAAUCAGUUCAACUUUAGUAACAGAGGGACGCAAGCAUCGAUUCCGCUACCUAAGGAUCAAUCUGUGGCCACGAAUCCCCCGCCAUCUGAAACCACAAAAGGAGAGUUUAAUCGUAGUGUUAUUUAUGAUCGUUAUAAGGAACAAAAGCGUAUGCAAGCGGAGGGCGAUGCUGUUGGUGGGGAUGGGAAAAAAGGAAAGAGCGCUGUGAUCAGACAAAUAGGGGAUGAGCACGACGAUCCGCUGGUAUUCACCUCAGGUGAAGGGCUUUCGUUGGAGACUCAAGCGCUCACCUUGCAAAAGGCUUCAGAUAAUUCUAUUUCUGCCAUAUGUUCACUGAGUGCAGCAGACUUGGCUUUAGUUAGUAAUGCACUUCUACUUGCAGAGCGAUUGGUGGCAGAGAUCCUCUUUGCAGAUGUAGUGUCAGACUACAAAUUUUGGUCAGAUCCAUCAGACAGCUACAAGCAAGAAGGAUCUUUGCUACCCCUUUGGAAAUUCGCUACAAACUUUAAGGAGGUUCUGGGAAUAAAAACAGUAAAGCCUGUUUCUUGCAUCCAAUUCCACCCGAAGUUCCACGAUCUUUUCGCUGCUGCCUAUGGCUCCUUUGAGUUCCAAUCUACAAGCGUCUUUCCACCUUCGUGUCUCAGUGUUUUUUCUCUCAAAAAUCCAUUUUAUCCCGAAAGAAUCAUUAAAACCCCCGUGGAUAUCCUAUGCCUCGAUUGGCAUCCGGAGCGCUCGGACCUGCUUCUUGUUGGACUCUAUGAUGGUAACAUAGCUAUGUACAAUGCGGCUGAUGGUACCCAGAUUGUCAUUUCAGAUUCAUCGACUGGCAAGCACACGGAGGCUGUUUGGAGCGUCAGAUGGAGAAAGGAUCUUGUGGGAUCUAAUUCCCUUGCCUUCUUUUCUGCAUCUACGGAUGGGUGCAUAUGCUCAUGGACGCUUGUUAAAACCGAUCUGCGUUUAGUAAGUAAGAUUGAUGUCAGAGACAAUAUGACGGACGCAGACGUAACUCAGCCAAUUUCAUCAGGGAAGGAUGCUGGGCUAAGUGCUCAGGCAACUACCCAAGUGACAACAACCCGUCUUCACUCGGACCCUCUUAAUCCCGAUUUGGCGGCUGCGUAUACGUCCGCCACCGAAAAGGCAAGCAAAUCUACGCUGCACACCAAGCCCCAGAUUCUUAUAACACAAAAGAACGAUUUUGAUAGCCAAAAGCGCUCGGCCGAGAUUGCAAACCAAACAUCUCCUACUGCAGGGAUUCUCUCCAUUUCCUUCAAUCCGAAAUACGACUGGCUCUACGCUAUAAGUACUGACUCAGGUAUUGUUAGACUCUGCUCCACAGCAUACCACAAUACAUAUGUGCAGACGUUCUGUCAAAAUGGGCAUAGUAUGCCUGUGUAUGGGAUUUCUUGGAACACUUUUAAUCCAGAUCUUCUCGUCAGUUGCAGUGAGGAUUUCACUUGUAAGAUAUGGAAGCGUGAUAGAGCAACGCCUGUGUAUACAGUUGACUUUGGAAGGACAGUUUCUGAUGUAACUUUCAGCCCACAUGUAUCCACAGAGAUCAUUGCAGGAACAGCAGAUGGCAAGAUUGUCGUGUACGACUUCAACAUCCGGAAAGAAACGCCCCUGUGCAUUCAGACGGCUGUCCCAAUAGCUGCGCGGCUUACAAAGAUAGAGCUUUCGAAGAGCUUCCCGAUCAUCGCUGUUGGAGACUCUCAAGGAGUUGUCCGUGUCUUCAAGCUGAGUCCCAAUUUACUUAGACGCCAUGUUGUCGAACAGCCAAAGGCCAGGGGGCCGAAUGUCAAGACCUAUACUCAGGAAGAGUUAGCUCAACUGUCUCAAGAGGGUGAGGAGCAGAAACUUGAAGAAUUUGUUCGCUGGUGCAUCAAGGCAAACUCUGCAUCCGGAAUAGACUAG